CGCCAUGACGUCAGCUUGGACUUGGCCAUUUUUCUCCAUUUUUCUCGUUGGCGUUGUUACUGGUUGUUACAUCUCGCAUUUAAAGGUUACAUCUUGUCAUAAAUUUUGUGACUGCGAUUUGUCUUUAUUUCUAUGAAUUAACUGAGCGUUUUCGAGAUGAACGCGAAGGAGAAUUCUACGGCGUCGACGACGAAGAGUACGAACGCGGCGAAUGCACCGAACGCGAAACCCUACGGCAAGAUCGUGUUGACGUUACAAAACUGUCUCCUGCCCGAGGACAAGUUCAACUGCACCCCGUCGCAUUUGGAUGGUCUUGAUGCGGAAACCGAAACGGACUUGCGGAUACUGGGAUGCGAACUUAUACAGACGGCCGGUAUACUGCUCAAGUUACCGCAGAAUCUCGAUUUCCAGAGUGGCUAAUGUAUACAAAUGAUGGUGGGGCGAUGGUAUACGCUGGAUCUUAGUCGACAUGUGUCGCACAGCAAAAUCGAAGUUUGGCAAUGGAAAUAUCACUGCUCGUGUCCCUAAAGGGUUAAACGUUGCAAUGGCUACGGGGCAAGUAAUAUUCCAACGAUUUUAUUAUAGCAAAUCUUUAGUUAGACACAACAUGGAAACAACUGCAAUGGGUUGCAUCUGCUUAGCCAGCAAAAUCGAGGAGGCACCUAGGCGUAUCAGGGACGUGAUCAACGUUUUUAAUCACGUAAAGCAAGUAUCCAGCCAAAGGUCGAUUCAACCUGUGAUUCUCGAUCAGAAUUACGUAGGUCUGAAGAAUCAGGUGAUUAAAUCAGAGAGAAGAGUGUUGAAGGAAUUGGGUUUUUGCGUUCAUGUAAAGCAUCCUCACAAAAUUAUAGUCAUGUAUUUACAAGUGUUGGGAUUCGAGAAGAAUCGCACGCUGAUGCAGCAAAGCUGGAAUUAUAUGAACGACUCGUUGCGCUCCGACGUAUUCUUGCGUUAUCAGCCAGAAACAGUGGCAUGUGCGUGCAUUUAUCUGGCCGCUCGUCAAUUGCAGCUACCUCUACCAACACAGCCUGCUUGGUUCUCACUAUUCAAAGUCAGCGAAUCGGCAAUCAGAGACGUGUGUCGACGUAUACUGCGUCUUUACUCGCGAUUGCGCGUGAAACCCGAGCAGUUGGAAAAACGGGUCGAGGAAUUGCGACGUCAGUACGAGGAAGCUAGAACCAAGGCCCGUGGCGGAGACGUCGAUGGACAUACGCCGAGUCCACCAUUGCCGAAACAUCACAACGCUUGGGGUGGAUUUAUCAGUCGCAGCGGCACACAUGCAGCUCCCGAAAGAACGAAAUCGCCUAGACGUUCAAAAUCUCCAAGCACUUCGCCAUCACGAGGAGAAGAAAUAAAAUAUUCUGGUAAGCGAAAAAGACAUAGCAGAAGUAGAUCUCGAAGUCACAGUCAUAGUAGAUCCAGCAAAUCCAAAAAGACCCAACGAAGACGAUCGGGUAGCCAUAAAUCGUCACGAAGAUCGCGUAGUUACAGAUCACGAAGUCGAUCUCGGGACAGAGAUUUGGAGAAAUCGAGCAAACGUAGUAAGCGCAGUAGACGACUACAUUAAAUACUGAUGUGUCUAGCCAGAAAUUUUUUUUAUGCGAGAAUAUCAUGAAUAAAAUGAUUAUAAUUAAUUUGUGAUACGACAAACGGAGCGAGACUUUGCACACAAUUCAUCUUUAUUUUGAAAUUAAUACUCAAGUUUUUGAGAUUACCUUGAUGAAUUUCACACAGUUGCUACCAGUAAUACGACAUUGCAUUCUCACAAUGUUGUAGCGUUUUCAUAGUUUACAAAUUUAUUAUAUUUAAAGGUGUAAUUUUUAUAUUAAAAAUUAUGAGACAGACAAA